UAGGUUUAUAGGUCCAUACAUGAGUAUUUGUCCUGAGACAGUGUUUGUAAUUGAAGAUAAAUUUGGAUUAUGUGGUUAUGGUGUAGCUGCAGCAGAUGGAAGACAUUUUUAUGAUCAGUAUAAAGAGGAAUGGCUGCCUAAAGUAAGGACAUGUAAUCACAACUAUGACAUUUUUAGGCAGCUAAACUAAACAUUUACGGUUAGCGCGUUUCCCCUUACCCCUGGGAUUAUACUCUAAGACCGGCGAGGGUAGGGUAUUAGGGUAUUUACUUAGAUGGGUGACCAGACAUGGAAAAAAGUGGGAUCUCGCUGGAUCCGUGGGAACAUUUGCUAUAGUAAGAAGAUUGAGCCAAGACAGUCAAAUAUACUUUGUUGCAUACAUAGGGCUUCGGUGGAGCAGUCGUCAGCGCAAGCGCCUUCCACCUCUGGGUUCGAUUCUCACUACGGACUAAUAACACUUAUGUCAUUCUCGUACCCAGAGCCCUUCUUACGCGCGGUCAACCGAGCGCGACGAGGGGCUCUGGCCAAAUCCAUAACCGGAUACCAUAAAAACAUGGUAUCCGUUUUAACACUGCGCAUGCUCAACGUCAAACGCGGAUAAACACUUCGGUUUUCUUGUUUGUUUCGUUUUGAAAGUUUUACUUUAGGAAAACCCCACAAAAGCGGUAGGUUUCGCUAAUUUUAUUUAUUUAAAUCAAUUAGUAGGUAAGACGUGAUGUUCUCAAUGUAUAUAUAUGUUGAUAAAAUUUAGUAUAUAUUUCCCUCUUAAACGUUGUCAAAGCAGUAAUGGAUACGGAUACGAAGACCAGAGAUUGUCUCACUAUUUUAUAUUCGAUUUUAAGUCGCUGUUGUACAGAUUUUUAGACUUUUUUGUGUUUUAUUAAAAGUCAACAGUCAUACAUAAGACAUAGUAUACUGCAAAUCCUUUAAAAAUUGUAAAAAAUCGGUUUCUAGGAAGAAAAUAGUCAUCACAAUUAACUUCAUAUUCUGGCUGGCUUUAAUAUUUUCUCUUCAGAUUUGUUUGAUUAACAUCACUGAUUUGGAAAUACGACGAGCAUCUGCCAUAAAUAUGCUGACUUUUUGCUAUGAGAACAUCACGUCUCAACCUAUGAAUUUCAAUCAACUAAUUGAUUUAAAUAAAUAAAAUUAGCGACAUCUACCGCUUUUGUGGGCGAUUAUCAACAACUCUCUUCCAAACUGCUUCGUACUGCUGUUCUUUCAACUUUAAUAAUGUCUUUUCUCCCAAUUUUCUCCAAAACGAAACCAACGCUUCAUGGAGCGCUUGAUUUUUAUUCAUAUUUUAUACAAUAAACCGUAUAUUUCGUUGUGGCCAAUCAGAAGCCAGUUUGAUAUGGAUUUGGCCAGAGCCCCUCGUCGCGCUCGGUCGAACGCGCGUAAGAAGGGCUCUGGGUACGAGAAUGCACUUAUGUGAAAAGAGUCAGUCAACGCUCUACCGAAAGUCGUGGGUUUUCUCUGGGUACUCCGGUUUCCUUCCACAGGGAAUGUUGACAGGGUGGGUUGGGAUUAGCCCCCUAACUGACCCUUCCACUGUAGCUGUACUCCGUGGUCAGACAUGAGUCAUAAGAUGGCUGCCAUAGGCGCCCUUAUAGUAAGCCUUCGACUGGAACAGGUUGCAUGAGCUGCGCAAUUCAGCUUAGCUCUCAGCUGCAAGUAAGGAUGAUUAGCACACCCCCACGACUACACAAUGGCAUAAAGUACGGUCAAAUUUUCCAUCGUUUUUACGCGCUUUUGAGGAACAUUUGAAAAAGGCGAAUUCAGCAUCCGAGGAACAUUAAAUACUUUUUCCAGGUCUGGGGAUGACUAGCUUAAACACACUUGCUCAUGUAGAGUUGUUGUUGAUUCCCUCCUGUGCUUCCAGGGUUUUUUUUUUCCUUCAUGGUCGUUUGGUUUUCCUCCUUUACCAAAACCAACCCUCCCACUUACAACACAACUAGUGCUUCGUUGGCACACAUUGAAAUAGAAGCUUUCUGAUUGCCUGCAAAUAGAUCAACUUAUCUUGAAAAAAAAGUACAAAACAGCACAAGUCUGGGAAAUAUUUUUAACAUAUUAAUUAAAGGGCAUAUGAAACAAGGUCUAAACUACUUUAACUUUCUUUCAUUUAGAUGUGUAAGGAGUACAGUAAACCCAGCGGAGAUCCAAGUGAAUUUCUUUAUUCAGAACAGAUCGCUGACAGCUUUCACAAUCCUUCCAUAUUUCUUCCUGAUCAACUUUAUAAUAAAUAUCCUGCACAUGUCAGAAUUGAUCUGCUGGCUCGUGCGCAUGUAAGUAUUGAAAGUAUUAAUAUUAAAAGCACUUCAAACAGGCUGCUCCACGGGAGGGACGUGGUAUUAGUGGAGUAGUUCGGGAAAAUACGCGUGCUUUUAGAAUUUAUAAUGCAACUACAAAAGCGGUUACAUGAGAAAAUAGACUUAAUUAAUUUUUUUUUUGUGUUGGUGCUAUGUACUCAAGUGAAUAUGAUGUUUGUGAUGUUACUCUGAGUGUAUAUCCACACCGGGCAAGCUUGAAAAAUAUGCCUGUAUUUCCACACCGGGCAAGCUUGAAAAAUAUUCCCACCGUCCAAUAGAGAUACCAAAGGUGAAAUGUGCAACCACAAUGAAUAAUAUUUAGUGAAGUUGAGACAAAGGAUUUGUGCACAGUGAGAUACAGUUCAACAUCAAACAAAGGCUUCUAUUUUGUGACUUUGGACUCAGGGUGUUAGCCAGAAGUAAAAAAAAUCCGCGUUUACCUGAAAUUGGGAAAUUUAUUUUAGCCUGAAGCCGGACAUUUCUUUGUGGGUUUGGGGGCAUGCGGUUGCGCUCUCAAUUUUUAAAAUUUUUAUGUCUUUGAAAUGGCAUUUCCCACAUUUUGGGAGUAAUUUUGAGCAAAUGUAUAGUUAUAAACAUGUUUUUAAUGGCGUAUUAACAACAUUGAAUUUCUAUAACUAUUUUUUGGCUGACCCAAAUUGGGAAAUUGCGACCUCAAGGUAAUUGGGAAAACGGCGUUUUACGCGGAAUUUUUGACUGUAGCUAACACCCUGGGACUUUGCCAGGUUACCAGACCAUCAUAUCGUGAUACAUAAUAUUUUUAAUAUUCAAAAUAAUAUUUUUCCAUUGCCUAGAGUCUUGGUAUCGGUAAACGUCUUCUUGCGUGUAUUCUUUCUGUGCUUAAGUCUGAAGGAUGUCGUGGUGUUUACGUAGAAAUUGCGAGUACCAACAGAGAUGCUUUAGACUUUUAUUCAAGACUUGGUUUUGCUGAUGUUCCCUCUUUGAAAGACAUUCCUGGAGAGAUUGUUGUAUUAGGAAGGACAAUAUGACUUGGUAUGUAGUACUGUAUAGUUGGCUACAUCGUGCCCAAAUUGUCAGGAUUAAUUGCCUUCCGCUCACAUGAGAUACAUGAAACUGGACGGAUUCGAGCACAGGUAACCAUUCAUGUGUGAAAUUUAAACAAAUUUGUGUACACUGCAAAAGAUCACUGAGUACUUUGACUCGAAAACUUCAGUAAAAUAUAUUCAGGGGCGGCGCUAGAGCGGGCGAUGGACCACCCCCCCCCCUUCCCUCCCACUCAUGAACGACUCGGCAAAUUGUUGCAUUCAUGUGGCAAAAAUUGAGCUGUUUGGAUAUGGACCGAAUUAUCGAAUUGAAUUACAUGAAUUAAAACCAAACGUGAAUUUAAAUAUAAAAUUAUUACUUCAAAAAGUCAAGUGAAUAGAUAUCUUUAAAAUGUGCUCUAUCGAGUGGUGUAGCGGAUAAUUUAAAAAUCAAAAACAGCCCAACAGCCUAUAUAAAUGCCGACUACACGGCAAAAAACGAUCAGGUUGUUGCAAUGUUGAUGAAAACAGGAUUGAUCAAUGUUUUGCUGCCCACAUUGUUCAUAGUUGUCAACAAUAUUGAACAAUAUUGUUACACCCGAUUCAGGCUCAACAGUAUUGUUCAAUCAUGUUUCACUCGCUACUCUGGUUUAAAUAAAUGAUUACAAAGCCCAGUCGAAUUGUAAUCAAGACCCAACGUUUCGACACUCCAGUCUAGUGUCUUCAUCAGGGUGAUCUAAAAUUGCAAUCGUGGCUUCUUAAAUACCCAUGGGAUGACGUCACCUGCCAAUGAAUGACAUUAUCCCUUGGGUAUUUCAGAAGCCACGAUUGCAAUUUUAGAUCACCCCUGAUGAAGACACUAGACUGGAGUGUCGAAACGUUGGGUCUUGAUUACAAUUCGACUGGGCUUUGUAAUCAUGAAAAUCUUGAGUAAAAUUCCGCCAAUUUUUGAGAAAAUUUACUGGAAUUUUUUUAGUAAAGAUGUAAUUUACUCAAAAAAUGAGUAAAUCUGCUCAUACAUUUGAGUAAUUUUUUGCAGUGUAGGGUUCCGAAUUCGUCCAGUUUUGUGUGAAAAUACACGCGUGAAAAUUUCGCAGCUUGUCAAGAUCUAUUCACACUGCUUGUUCCCACUUAUUGACGAGUCUGGAACAAGUUGUUAUCGUCUUGUAACAAGGUUGAAGAGGCCAACAGACUCGCAACAAGUUGUUCCAACAAGCCUGAUAUAAUUGUCUGCACGUAAAAAGUUAUUAGUGUGCUUCAGAUUUGACGACCGCUACCAUUAAGGGACCAUUAGCCAAUCAGAUGCGUUUGAUAUAUCCGAUCAACCAAUCAGAUGUUUACUAAGUCAGUGAGAGGUAGUGGUAGUGGAAGUCAAAUCUGAACCUCUCUAUUAACAAGUUGAUGACAGCAAGCUCGUAGCUAAUUGUUACGAACAGCUUGUAUUAGUCUCUUUUGGAACAGCUUGUAGCAAGUCUAUUUUCGUCAUCAACCUUGUAACAAGGUGAAAACAACUUGUUCCAGACUUGUCUGGGAACAAGCAGUGCGAACACAUCCUGGUAGCAACCUUGUUAUAACCAACACCGCGGAAAAACGUCUGCGCAUGCACCAAAUUAUGAAAAUAUGGCGGGGAAUUUGAAUAUCAAUUUCUAAAACAAAAACAUGCUUAUUAAUUGGUCAAAAAUUAGUAAAACAAACGAGAAAAUAGAGCAAAUGGGUAGACUAGACAUUAAUUGAAAGCGUCCUGGCAUUUAAAGUAUGGAAUGAAAUAGAAUUCAUGUAAAAAAUUGUUGAUUUUAACGGACACGACUUCGAAAAUUUUUGCAAAAUUAUUGAAAACAAAAAUUCAAACUCAAAAGUUAAGAAAACUCUCGAAAAGUUAAGCUUCUUAACCCACUCAAAUUGUAGAAUAAAUCCUAAAGUUUAAUUAUUGUGAACACGAAAAUUUUUUAUAUUUGGCGACACAGUUUUUUUUAAAGAAAUGUAUCUCAAACGAAAAUUCGGAAAUUGUCGUUGCUUAGUUGAUAAACAAAAUGUUUCAGACGAUAAAUUUGUCAACAAUCACCUUUAGUUCAUAUUCUUGUACAAUACAAUUUCUUGAACCUUCUGGCUGUAUUUAUUCCUAGUCUUUAGAAUGUCAUGUUUAUUUUUGCGCUCGAAAUCUGGCUGUAAAGACGCACAAUGAAGUCACUCCUUUUUACCGCCAUUUUGAGCCUUCGGAAACGUUCGGAACAGCUUCUCAUCAAGUUCGCAAUACUUUGACGCGUGCGCAGACGUUUUUCCGCGGUGUUGUUAUAACCUGUUUGUAGAUCUGUGACAACUUGCGCGAUUUUACGCUAAUAUUCAUGCCUGUCUUAUGAUUAGAAUUUGGACGGGGCAGUGGACAAAUAUAGUAAUUCAUAUUGUUAUUGUGCUAUUGUUUCUUGAUACUAUGUCGGAAAUAGAUAACUUCCUCAUUCACAUAUGUUAUUGCUAGUUAACUGCAUUUACCUGAGUGGCAUUGCUGUUAAAAACAGGGUGAAAGUGAAGAACUAAAUUUUAAGUAUUUAUAAGUUCAUGUUGCUUGGCUUUGAUAAAUGCCUUCAUUGAAGGUGCCAAAGCCCGUCGUUGAAGGGUAGCACAGUCGCAUUUUGUUCACGUCAUUUUGAAAAGUCGCAGCCUCGAGUUGCGAUAGAUUUCGAGUACGAUUGAAAUAUUUGCAGUUAAAUUGCAAUUUGCUAUAUCUGCCGCCAUGUUGAUUUUUCCUGCCUCGUUUCCAGGCUCUGCUCUUCUUUUGUUAAUUGCACUGCAGUAAUUGCACAAUGUGCAAAUUGAAAAAUAAUAGCCAAUCAGAAUUGAGUAAUAUUUUCAUCUAUAUUAUUAGAUAUUACUAAAUAUUCAUGACUCCCAUUAUGUGACUUCAAACAGAAGUUGUAGGAGGUUAAAUCCAGGUUUCUACGUGUCAAAUGCCAUUUCCGAG